AUGUCCAAAAGAAUUAAAAGGAUACCACCCAUAGAGGAUGCCAAAUCUUAUAUCCGGUCCUCAAGGGACAAACAGGGGGUUGUGGAAAAAUUUAUCAAUGAUAUUAAAGGUAAGAUGAUAGCAGGUUAUUAAUGCUGGGCUUACACUAUAGGAGUUUUAAAAUCCUACUAAAUUCUGAAAUCCUGUUGCAAGCACACAUAGAAAGAAAAUCUUGACAGACAGUCCUGACUGAAAUCUCUAACAUGUACACACUACAAAACGAUUGAGUCUGAGCUGCGGUGAAUGUCUUUAUGAUUCCCGGAACAGAAAUACAUUUUGCAAUCAUACAUUUUACAUGACUGAUGACUAGAUGGGAGUCACAUAGUUAUGUUAAGUUUAAAUAUAAACCUGUAAGGCCCAAAAACUGUUAGGAAAAGGAUUCAUGCUUACUCAUCUUCAUAGAGGAGGGACCAACCUAUAGAUCUGAUUUCAACAUCUGGACACCUGUACUUUAUUCUUUAUGUGAAGGUUUAUGAUGACUAGAUUUUUUUCCUUUGAUGAGUGUGUGAUUUGUUUAAUCUUCUCUACAGGGAGAGGUGUGUUUGCAACUCAAAAAAUACAAGCAGGUGACUUUGUGCUGGAGUACCGGGGUGAGCUCAUCACUCUGGAACAAUGCAAAGAAAAAUGCUACUCAGAAACACAGAGUACAUUUUUAUACGAAUUCCAGUGGCAGAAACAGCAGUGGUGGUAAGCAUAAAAUGAUUCCUAUCUUGUAGUGAUCAAAAACAUUUUUAUCAAAGUGCUGAAACUCGGGUUUGAGUUGCUAAAAUAAUGAAAGAGAAAACUGUCUUUACUUACAUGUAUGUAGAGGAUCAUAACAGUCGGUCAUGGUGAGUUGAUUGUUUAGUAACCCUAAUCUCAAACUGUCAUGGAGAUAAAUCUGAUGUGCUGUGUUUUGAAUGUCUGUGUUGAUAAAACAGAGCAGAUAUAAACUAGGGCUGUCAUGAUGUCAGGGUUUUAACCAUAGACUGUAUAUAGAAUGGACAGAGUCUGCCUCCUCACUGGGUGAAGCCACUCUGAGAACAGCAUCCUCUGUUGACGGGCUGCAGUAUAGGCCCUGAUAUAUUUUGAUAACUAAAGUAUACCCUUCAUGAAGUGUGAUAUUUCAGUUGUUAAGUUUAAUUACUUGCUGUUUUUUCUUUUAGCAUUGAUGCAUCCAAAGAGGAUGGUUCCCUCGGACGAUUGGCCAAUGACAACCACAAAUCUCCGAACUGCACCAUGAAAAAAGUAAUUGUAAACAAUAGACCACACUUGUGCCUGUUUGCAGUGAAAGAUAUAGCAAUUGGAGCUGAGAUAGACUACAACUACGGCAGUGCAAAAUGGCCAUGGCGCACAAAGGUGAGUUAGUCGGAUUUUGACUUUUUCAUGCUAUAUGACACCUGAAAUGCAUACUACUGUAUUAUGUGAAAAUGGAGUCUGUAUUGUGCUAGCCAUAGUAAAGCAAGCAUGGUUCACUGCAAUAUAUAUGUACGAUUGCUAUCUGUGUAAAAUCUAAGGGGGAUAUGUAAUUUUUGUUUUAUGUCGAAAAAACAAACAGCAGGCUCCAGCUGUGGCUGUGGAGACUGGGUCCUUACCCUGCCCAACAUGGUCAGAUAAAACCAGCUCUACAUGUCCAGACCAUACAAGCACACAGGUAUUGACCUAACUGACAUCACCUUUACUACCUGAGCUUCUGCAGAGUGAAUAGUUCCCUUCAAAAAGACAGGGAGUAUUUCUGGUCUUCUUUAUGAUAUUCAUGGUGUUAGAUGGACUCCUGUUAGAGGAAUCCUGUUUUAACCUGACAGAUAACUUUGUUUAACUGUCAUAGAUACUAACUAAUCAGACACAAAUAUCUCUAGACUCCUACAGAAAAGGAGCCUCAAUAAGUAUCCUCUUCUUUUACACACACUGUCCUUCGUUCUGCUUUGUGGGGUCCAUAGCAAGAGUCUUUCUCAAAGAAAUUUUUCUUUAUUUGAGUCCACACACACACACGGUGGUUACAGUAUAUCUUUGUGGGGCCCUCCGUAGGAGUCUGACUAAAAGCUGUAAAAUAUGAAGAAAUCAUCCAAUCUAAAUAUCGAACAGAAAAGCAUUAUGGGUGUAAUCAAACCCCUGAUUUUCUGAUGUGUGUUUUUUUAAGCUAUGGUCACUGUAAUCCACUGUAGCCUCUGAUAUGUUGUUGAUGUUCGACCAAGAAAAACUGUCAUCUACCUGGCUGCUGAAUUAUGCUGUUGGAGGACUAGUUGUACAUAAGUAAACAGUGGGGAAUUGUCAUAAUCUCCAAUUAAACACAAACUUAUCACUUCAUUAUGAUGUCUUCCUUUUUAACUGAUAUGUUUGUCAACCCAGCAGGCUCAAGCUGUGGCUGAGGAGACCGAGUCCUUAGAUGCUGAUCUUUCAUGUCCAGAUGAUACAAGCAUACAGGUAAUGAACCAACUGACAUCACCUUUACUACCUGAGCUUCUGCAGAGUGAAUAGUUCCCUUCAAAAAGACAGGGAGUAUUUCUGAUCUUCUUUAUGAUAUUCAUGGUGUGAGAUGGACUCCUGUUAGAGGAAUCCUGUUUUAACCUGACAGAUAACUUUGUUUCACUGUCAUAGAUACUAACUAAUCAGACACAAAUAUCUCUAGACUCCUACAGAAAAGGAGCCUCAAUAAGUAUCCUCUUCUUUUACACACACUGUCCUUCGUUCUGCUUUGUGGGGUCCAUAGCAAGAGUCUUUCUCAAAGAGAUUUUUCUUUAUUUGAGUCCACACACACACACGGUGGUUACAGUAUAUCUUUGUGGGGCCCUCCGUAGGAGUCUGACUAAAAGCUGUAAAAUAUGAAGAAAACAUCCAAUCUAAAUAUCAAACAGCAAAGCAUUAUGGGUGUAAUCAAAACCCUGAUUUUCUGAUGUGUGUUUUUUAAAGCUGUGGUCACUCUGAUCCAUUGUAGCCUCUGAUAUGUUGUUGGUGUUUGACCAAGUAAAACUGUCAUCUACCUGGCUGCUGAAUUAUGCUGUUGGAGGACUAGUUGUACAUAAGUAAACAGUGGGGAAUUGUCAUAAUCUCCAAUUAAACACAAACUUAUCACUUCAUUAUGAUGUCUUCCUUUUUAACUGAUAUCUGUUUGUCAACCCAGCAGGCUCAAGCUGUGGCUGAGGAGACCGAGUCCUUAGAUGCUGAUCUUUCAUGUCCAGAUGAUACAAGCAUACAGGUAAUUUACUAACUGACAUCACCUUUACUACCUGAGCUUCUGCAGAGUGAAUAGUUCCCUUCAAAAAGACAGGGAGUAUUUCUGGUCUUCUUUAUGAUAUUCAUAGUGUGAGAUGGACUCCUGUUAGAGGAAUCCUGUUUUAACCUGACAGAUAACUUUGUUUAACUGUCAUAGAUACUAACUUAUCAGACACAAAUAUCUCUAGACUCCUACAGAAAAGGAGCCUCAAUAAGUAUCCUCUUCUUUUACACACACUGUCCUUCGUUCUGCUUUGUGGGGUCCAUAGCAAGAGUCUUUCUCAAAGAGAUUUUUCUUUUAUUUGAGUCCACACACACACACACACACACACAGUGGUUACAGUAUAUCUUUGUGGGGCCCUCCGUAGGAGUCUGACUAAAAGCUGUAAAAUAUGAAGAAAACAUCCAAUCUAAAUAUCGAACAGAAAAGCAUUAUGGGUGUAAUCAAAACCCUGAUUUUCUGAUGUGUGUUUUUUUAAGUUAUGGUCACUGUGAUCCACUGUAGCCUCUGAUAUGUUGUUGGUGUUUGACCAAGUAAAACUGUCAUCUACCUGGCUGCUGAAUUAUGCUGUUGGAGGACUAGUUGUACAUAAGUAAACAGUGGGGAAUUGUCAUAAUCUCCAAUUAAACACAAACUUAUCACUUCCUUAUGGUAUCUUCCUUUUUAACUGAUAUCUGUUUGACAACCCAGCAGGCUAUAGCUGUGACUGAGGUGACCGAGUCUUUACCCAUCGAUCUGUCAUGUCCUGAAAAAACCUGCCCAACAUGGUCAGAUAAAACCAGCUCUACAUGUCCAGACGAUACAAGCACACAGGUAAUGAACCAACUGACAUCACCUUUACUACCUGAGCUUCUGCAGAGUGAAUAGUUCCCUUCAAAAAGACAGGGAGUAUUUCUGAUCUACUUUAUGAUAUUCAUGGUGUUAGAUGGACUCCUGUAAGAGGAAUCCUGUUUUAACCUGACAGAUAACUUUGUUUAACUGUCAUAGAUACUAACUAAUCAGACACAAAUAUCUCUAGACUCCUACAGAAAAGGAGCCUCAAUAAGUAUCCUCUUCUUUUACACACACUGUCCUUCGUUCUGCUUUGUGGGGUCCAUAGCAAGAGUCUUUCUCAAAAAUUCGAUAUUCUGAAGUCGCCCAAACAAUAAAAUGCAAAAUGGCUCCAUAGCGCCCCCUAAGGUGGAAAUUCACACUAUUGACUGUCACGCCUGUACGCUUUGUCAUAUUGACACAAAAAUUGACACACAUAUGUAUCUCAAUAAGAUCUACAAAAAAGUCAGUGCGGGCGUAUCUGUCAAAUGUACGGUUAAAGGGUUAUUUCGCAUUUUUUGCCGAUCCGCACACAUUGGAAUUUCGCUAACUCCUCCGAAGGCUUUCGUUCCACCGGCACCACAUUUGCUCAGGCCAAUCUACACCCCGUGGCCAUUAAAAGUUAUCAAAAUCAUGACGCUGCACCCCACGGUUUAGGUUCUAGGGGGCGCCAAAGAUAACACUAAAAUCCACAUAUUUAAAAGUCUUAUAACUUUUUAUUUUUGUCCUCACUGGCCUCCAAGUUUUCUAGGAUGAUGCAAUGUCCAGCCAUCAACACAUUUGUGAAGGAAUUUUUACUCCCCAAAAGAGCGCCCCCCCAUGGCAGGAGAAAAAAGUCCAUUUUUUCUUGUCCCCUAAGGUGAAAAUACACAUUGUUGAGUGUCACGCCUAUACGCUUUGUCAAAAUGACACAAAAAUUGACACACACAUGUAACUCAAUAAGAUCUACGAAAAAGUCAAUGCGCGCGUAUCUGUCAAAUGUACGGUUAAAGGGUUAUUCCGCAUUUUUUGCCGAUCCGCACACAUUGGAAUGUGGCUAACUCCUCCUAAGGCUUUCGUUCCACCGGCACCACAUUUGCUCAGGACAAUCUACACCCCAUGGCCAUUAAAAGUUAUUCAAAUCAUGACGCUGCACCCCACGGUUUAGGUUCUAGGGGGCGCCAAAGAUAACCCUAAAAUCCACAUAUUUAAAAGUCUUAUAACUUUUUAUUUUUGUCCUCACUGGCCUCCAAGUUUUCUAGGAUGAUGCAAUGUCCAGCCAUCAACACAUUUGUGAAGGAAUUUUUACUCCCCAAAAGAGCGCCCCCCAUGGCAGGAGAAAAAAGUCCAUUUUUUCUUGUCCCCUAAGGUGAAAAUACAUAUUGUUGAGAUUCACGCCUAUACGCUUUGUCAUAUUGACACAAAAUUUGACAAUCACGUGCCUUGCCUGGUAUCAUUUUUUUCAGCACAACCUCACCUGUGCGAAUUUACAGUUAUUUUAUCAUGUUGACAUACUGAAUUUACACAAUGGACCCAAAUUUACACACAAAACAUAAAAUCCGAGUGGAAAAAAGUAACAUUUUUACUGUGAAAACCACAAAUAUGUGUGAUGAACUGUUUUUAAAACUUAAACUUCAAAUAAAAAUUGUAAACUUCAAAACAUAUGCAAAUUUUUAACAAAGAACAUAGUGAUUUACCUCUAUUUUCAACAAAAUGCAGGCAAUGGCCCAGGCGUUCUUUGUAAAAUUAUUUACAAAACACUGUAUAGUCUCACAAAUGUCACUUUUUAUUUAUGCCACUACAAAAAAACAUGAUGUAAAUGAUGCAUGAUGUAAAACAUGAUGUAAAAAACUUGUGUAGAUCCUCCUCUAUGUCAGUCCAUGUGUAAUUUUUCCAUAAUUCUUUGUUUUUUGCAGCAUUUUUGUUAGUGUAACUGCAGAUUGUGCUGACAGUGUCUAUGGCACAAAAAAAAAAAAAAUUAAAAUGCCUCAACAUGAACCCCUGGUGGUCUCUGAGGGUGAAACCUGCUAACUGCUGCAGCUCUGUCAGCUUCAGUCUCCCAUGCAGAACUCUGAGCGCAUGUGUGGCUCUGCACCCUUAGCAGCGUUGCUAACUCCUCAGUAAGGAAAGCCUGCUUCAUGUCAGAGUCUCUAAACUCCAGAAGAAGUCGAUAAAAGUCCCUUUCUUUCUAAAAAAAAGUCGUUAGGGGGUCUGAAAAGUCAUUGAAUCUAACAACAAAGUCGCUAGGUUUGCAACUACGUGUCCCAGACUGCAUCCCUGCUGAGAGUCCCUCCCUCCCUUCUCAUGUUGCAGGAAGAACGUAAGCACCCGCCCCUUGUCAAUCAGUCACCAUAUAAUUUUGGAUUGGUUGUUGUGGUGAAGUUUUCCACCAAUAGGAGAGAUGUUGUGGUGUGUUUUUUUUUCUUUUGGCAAGCCUUUUCCGCCUGUAAGACCUGUCGCUAAUGUCUGCAUGCUAUGUUUUCCUGUCUCAUACAGCGCGAUCGAGCGCCGAACGUGAUCAAAAUAAGCAGAAAAAAAGUAUCACGGACAUAAUUUAUCAUAACUCUGGUUUUAUUUGGCCUAUCAACACAAUUUAAAAACUGGUAUAUAGGUUGAGGUCCUCACUUUUGAGAUAAGUUGAAACAGAGAGUCAACGAGGCUCCGUCUUGCAGCUACAUCCGGUUAAAUAUGUCAUGUGACUUGAACGCACACACACACACACACACACACACACACACACACACACACACACACACACACACACUCAGAGUCUGUUUUUUAGCACCUGCAAAAACAUGCUGUUUACAUAUUUGACAAGAAUGCAGAGGCUUCCUUUUGCCCCUGAAAAAAAUCAAAUUUCAAACACAACUUGACUGUUCAUUUCUCCAAAAGACAACCAUGAAGCUCCAUUUCAAACCUGAAGCAGGCAGUUGGUGCAUGUGUACAGUAACCUGAGGGGAGUGAGGUGACUAUUUCUGAGGAGAACAUGAGCAGUGAAGAUUCACCUUGGAGCUAGAACAGGGACGUGCACAUGAUUAUACAGGGGCAGGGGCUCAAGUUUUUUCCAGUCAUUUAUACAAUAUGGAAAUUAAUGUGAAAUUAAACCACAAAUAUGUUUGAUGAACUGUUUUUAAAACUUAAACUUCAAAUAAAAAUUGUAAACUUCAAAACAUAUGCAAAUUUUUAACAAAGAACAUAGUAAUUUACCUCUAUUUACAUCAAAAUGCAGGCAAUGGCCCAGGCGUUCUUUGUAAAAUUAUUUACAAAACACUGUAUAGUCUCACAAAUGUCACUUUUUAUUUAUGCCACUACAAAAAAACAUGAUGUAAAUGAUGCAUGAUGUAAAACAUGAUGUAAAAAACUUGUGUAGAUCCUCCUCUAUGUCAGUCCAUGUGUAAUUUUUCCAUAAUUCUUUGUUUUUUGCAGCAUUUUUGUUAGUGUAACUGCAGAUUGUGCUGACAGUGUCUAUGGCACAAAAAAAAAUAAAUAAAAUGCCUCAACAUGAACCCCUGGUGGUCUCUGAGGGUGAAACCUGCUAACUGCUGCAGCUCUGUCAGCUUCAGUCUCCCAUGCAGAGCUCGGAGCGCAUGUGUGGCUCUGCACCCUUAGCAGCGUUGCUAACUCCUCAGUAAGGAAAGCCUGCUUCAUGUCAGAGUCUCUAAACUCCAGAAGAAGUCGAUAAAAGUCCCUUUCUUUCUAAAAAAAAGUCGUUAGGGUGUCUGAAAAGUCAUUGAAUCUAACAACAAAGUCGCUAGGUUUGCAACUACGUGUCCCAGACUGCAUCCCUGCUGAGAGUCCCUCCCUCCCUUCUCAUGUUGCAGGAAGAACGUAAGCGCCCGCCCCUUGUCAAUCAGUCACCAUAUAAUUUUGGAUUGGUUGUUGUGGUGAAGUUUUCCACCAAUAGGAGAGAUGUUGUGGUGUGUUUUUUUUUUCUUUUGGCAAGCCUUUUCCGCCUGUAAGACCUGUCGCUAAUGUCUGCAUGCUAUGUUUUCCUGUCUCAUACAGCGCGAUCGAGCGCCGAACGUGAUCAAAAUAAGCAGAAAAAAAGUAUCGCGGACAUAAUUUAUCAUAACUCUGGUUUUAUUUGGCCUAUCAACACAAUUUAAAAACUGGUAUAUAGGUUGAGGUCCUCACUUUUGAGAUAAGUUGAAACGGAGAGUCAACGAGGCUCCGUCUUGCAGCUACAUCCGGUUAAAUAUGUCAUGUGACUUGAACGCACACAUAGACACACACACACGCACACACACACACACACACACACACACACACACACACACACUCAGAGUCUGUUUUUUAGCACCUGCAAAAACAUGCUAUUUACAUAUUUGACAAGAAUGCAGAGGCUCCUUUUGCCCCUGAAAAAAAUCAAAUUUCAAACACAACUUGACUGCUCAUUUCUCCAAAAGACAACCAUGAAGCUCCAUCCAAACCUGAAGCAGGCAGUUGGUGCAUGUGUACAGUAACCUGAGGGGAGUGAGGUGAGUGCUUCUGAGGAGAACAUGAGCAGUGAAGAUUCACCUUGGAGCUAGAACAGAGACAUGCACAUGAUUAUACAGGGGCAGGGGCUCAAGUUUUUUCCAGUCGUUUAUACAAUAUGGAAAUUAAUGUGAAAUUAAAACACAAAGUAUUAAUAGAAAGGUAAUGACUGUCCUGUGUAGGUGACAGUGAUAUCCAAUAGGCUAGGCACUCACGAGGCUGGCUGUGGCAAGUGUAAGUGAAAGCAACACGCACUGGCAGGAAGAACAGCAAACGCCGAUGAAGGAAAAGGGUCUUUGCAGUGAUGGGCGUUAACAGAGAGCGCGAUGGCCAGAGGACACAAAUGGGACGGGGAGGCAGCACGUUGGGGGGGGGAGACGCAACACGGCUCGGGCCCGCCAGUGCCCCAACGGGGUCCUAGUUAGGGCCCGAGCGUAGCUGCUAAGCAGCUGCGAGAGCCCUCUUGUUCCUGAUGGAUUCUUCUUUUGUUAUUAUUAUUAUUAUUAUUUUUCCUCCGCUUUAAACUGGAAAAUGGCCCACUUCCCACUGGCGAAAACUCAUGAAAUUUGGCAGGACGACCGGGCCUGGUGAAAAAUUCGAUAUUCUGAAGUCGCCCAAACAAUAAAAUGCAAAAUGGCUCCAUAGCGCCCCCUAAGGUGAAAAUUCACACUAUUGACUGUCACGCCUGUACGCUUUGUCAUAUUGACACAAAAAUUGACACACACAUGUAUCUCAAUAAGAUCUACAAAAAAGUCAGUGCGGGCGUAUCUGUCAAAUGUAUGGUUAAAUGGUUAUUUCGCAUUUUUUGCAGAUCCGCACACAUUGGAAUUUCGCUAACUCCUCCGAAGGCUUUCGUUCCACCAGCACCACAUUUGCUCAGGCCAAUCUACACCCCAUGGCCAUUCAAAGUUGUACAAAUCAUGACGCUGCACCCCACGGUUUACGUUCUAGGGGGCGCCAAAGAUAACCCAAAAAUCCACAGUCUUAAAAGUCUUAUAACUUUUUAUUUUUGUCCUCACUGGCCUCCAAGUUCUCUAGGAUGAUGCAAUGUCCAGCCAUCAACACAUUUGUGAAGGAAUUUUUACUCGCCAAAAGAGCGCCCCCCCAUGGCAGGAGAAAAAAGUCAAUUUUUUCUUGUCCCCCAAGGCAAAAAUACACAUUGUUGAAUGUCACGCCUAUACGCUUUGUCAUAUUGACACAAAAAUUGACAAUCACGUGUAUCUCAAUAAGAUCUACGAAAAAGUCAAUGCGCGCGUAUCUGUAAAAUGUACGGUUAAAGGGCUAUUUCGCAUUUUUUGCCGAUUCGCACACAUUGGAAUGUGGCUAACUCCUCCUAAGGCUUUCGUCCCACUGACACCAAAUUUGCUCAGGCCAAUCUACACCCCAUGGCCAUUCAAAGUUGUAAAAAUCAUGACGCUGCACCCCACGGUUUAGGUUCUAGGGGGCGCCAAAGAGGACCCAAAUAUCCACAUUUUUAAAAGAAUCCACAUUCUCCCCCCCGAUGGCACGAGAAAAAGUCAAGUUUUUCCUGCCCAUCGCUCAAUGGCUCAAACGCAUCGCUCUCUCGGCAAAACCGAAAGGAGGAGCAACUUGCCAUUUGGAUAUAUACUAGCUGUGUUUGUGCCCUCACUCAUGGUCCAGACUUUUUUCAAAAAGGACAUGGAGUUUGUCUGCAGCGAGCGUUUUGGUAGAAACUGCGCCUCCCAUUCAUUAUAAUGGUAAAUGACCACAGACAAGUGCGCACACCAUCUUUGGACCUUGAGUGUGACGCAAUCGGGAGGGGUAGGCGGUCGCGCUGGGGGCGGCGCGACACGGCUCGGGCCCGCCAGUGCCCCACCGGGGCCCUAGUUAUUUUUCCUCCCCUUUGAACUGGAAAAUGGCCCACUUCCCACUGGCGAAAACUCAUGAAAUUUGGCAGGACGACCGGGCCUGGUGAAAAAUUUGAUAUUCCGAAGUCGCCCAAACAAGAAAAUGCAAAAUGGCUCCAUAGCGCCCCCUAAGGUGAAAAUUCACACUAUUCACUGUCACGCCGGUACGCUUUGUCAAAAUGACACAAAAAUUGACACACACAUGUAUCUCAAUAAGAUCUACGAAAAAGUCAAUGCGCGCGUAUCUGUCAAAUGUACGGUUAAAGGGUUAUUCCGCAUUUUUUGCCGAUCCGCACACAUUGGAAUUUCGCUAACUCCUCCGAAGGCUUUCGUUCCACCGGCACCACAUUUGCUCAGGCCAAUCUACACCCCAUGGCCAUUAAAAGUUAUUCAAAUCAUGACGCUGCACCCCACGGUUUAGGUUCUAGGGGGCGCCAAAGAUAACCCUAAGAUCCACAUAUUUAAAAGUCUUAUAACUUUUUAUUUUUGCCCUCACUGGCCUCCAAGUUUUCUAGGAUGAUGCAAUGUCCAGCCAUCAACACAUUUGUGAAGGAAUUUUUACUCCCCAAAAGAGCGCCCCCCCAUGGCAGGAGAAAAAAGUCCAUUUUUUCUUGUCCCCUAAGGUGAAAAUACACAUUGUUGAGUGUAACACCUGUACGCUUUGGCAAAAUGACACAAAAAUUGACACACACAUGUAUCUCAAUAAGAUCUACGAAAAAGUCAAUGCGCGCGUAUCUGUCAAAUGUACGGUUAAAGGGUUAUUCCGCAUUUUUUGCCGAUCCGCACACAUUGGAAUUUCGCUAACUCCUCCGAAGGCUUUCGUUCCACCGGCACCACAUUUGCUCAGGCCAAUCUACACCCCAUGGCCAUUAAAAGUUAUUCAAAUCAUGACGCUGCACCCCACGGUUUAGGUUCUAGGGGGCGCCAAAGAUAACCCUAAGAUCCACAUAUUUAAAAGUCUUAUAACUUUUUAUUUUUGCCCUCACUGGCCUCCAAGUUUUCUAGGAUGAUGCAAUGUCCAGCCAUCAACACAUUUGUGAAGGAAUUUUUACUCGGCAAAAGAGCGCCCCCCCAUGGCAGGAGAAAAAAAGUCAAUUUUUUCUUGUCCACUAAGGUGAAAAUACACAUUGUUGAGUGCUACGCCUGUAUGUUUUGUCGUAUUGACACAAAAUUUUACAUACAUGUGUAUUUACAUAAGAUCUUCGAAAAAGUCAAUGGCCACGUAUCUGUAAAAUGUACGGUUAAAGGGUUAUUUCGCAUUUUUUGCAGAUUCGCACACAUUGGAAUUUCGCUAAUUCCUCCGAAGGCUUUCGUUCCACCGGCACCACAUUUGCUCAGGCCAAUCUACACCCCAUGGCCAUUAAAAGUUAUUCAAAUCAUGACGCUGCACCCCACGGUUUAGGUUCUAGGGGGCGCCAAAUAUAACCCUAAAAUCCACAUAUUUAAAAGUCUUAUAACUUUUUAUUUUUGUCCUCACUGGCCUCCAUGUUUUCUAGGAUGAUGCAAUGUCCAGCCAUCAACACAUUUGUGAAGGAGUUUUUUCUCUUUAAAAGAGCGCCCGCCCAUGGCAGGAGAAUAAAGUCAAGUUUUUCCUGUUCAUCAUUCAAUGGCUCAAACGCACUGCUCUCUCGGCAAAAGCGAAAGGAGGAGCAACUUGCCAUUUGGAUAUAUCUUAGCUGUGUUUGUGCCCUCACUCAUGGUCCAGACUUUUUUCAAAUAGGACAUGGAGUUUUUCUGCAGCGAGCGUUUUGGUAGAAACUGCGCCUCCCGUUCAUUAUAAUGGUAAAUGACCACAAACAAGUGCGCACACCAUCUUUGGACCUUGAGUGUGAUGCGAUCGGGUGGGGGAGGCGGUCGCGCUGGGGGCGGCGCGACACGGCUCGGGCCCGCCAGUGCCCCAACGGGGCCCUAGUGUUAUUAUUAUUAUUAUUUUUCCUCCGCUUUAAACUGGAAAAUGGCCCACUUCCCACUGGCGAAAACUCAUGAAAUUUGGCAGGACGACCGGGCCUGGUGAAAAAUUCGAUAUUCUGAAGUCACCCAAACAAUAAAAUGCAAAAUGGCUCCAUAGCGCCCCCUAAGGUGAAAAUUCACACUAUUGACUGUCACGCCUGUACGCUUUGUCAUAUUGACACAAAAAUUGACACACACAUGUAUCUCAAUAAGAUCUACAAAAAAGUCAGUGCGGGCGUAUCUGUCAAAUGUACGGUUAAAGGGUUAUUUCGCAUUUUUUGCCGAUCCGCACACAUUGGAAUUUCGCUAACUCCUCCGAAGGCUUUCGUUCCACCGGCACCACAUUUGCUCAGGCCAAUCUACACUCCAUGGCCAUUAAAAGUUGUACAAAUCAUGAUGCUGCACCCCAUGGUUUAGGUUCUAGGGGGCGCCAAAAAUAACCCAAAAAUCCACAUUCUUAAAAGUUUUAUAACUUUUUAUUUUUGUCCUCACUGGCCUCCAAGUUUUCUAGGAUGAUGCAAUGUCCAGCCAUCAACACAUUUGUGAAGGAAUUUUUACUCCCCAAAAGAGCGCCCCCCCAUGGCAGGACAAAAAAGUCAAUUUUUUCUUGUCCCCUAAGGUGAAAAUACACAUUGUUGAGAUUCACGCCUGUACGCUUUGUCAUAUUGACAAAAAAUUUGACACACACGUGUAUCUCAAAAAGAUCUACGAAAAAGUCAAUGCGCGCGUAUCUGUAAAAUGUGAGGCUAAACGGCUAUUUUGCAUUUUCUGCCGAUUCACACACAUUGGAAUGUGGCUAACUCCUCCUAAGGCUUUCGUCCCACUGACACCAAAUUUGCUCAGGCCAAUCUACACCCCAUGGCCAUUCAAAGUUGUAAAAAUCAUGCCGCUGCACCCCAUGGUUUACGUUCUAGGGGGCGCCAAAGAUGACCCAAAUAUCCACAUUCUUAAAAGUCGUUUUGGCCACUGCAGGAGUACAGAGUACUGCAGGAUACACACACACAGACACACACACACACACACACACACACACACACACACACACACACACACACACACACACACACACACACACACACACACACACACACACACACACAUACACACUCAGAGUCUGUUUUUCAGCACCUGCAAAAACAUGCUAUUUACAUAUUUGACAACAAUGCAGAGACUUCCUUUUGCCCCUGAAAAAAAUGAAAUUUCAAACACAACUUGACUGCUCAUUUCUCCAAAAGACAACCAUGAAGCUCCAUCCAAACCUGAAGCAGGCAGUUGGUGCAUGUGUACAGUAACCUGAGGGGAGUGAGGUGACUGCUUCUGAGGAGAACAUGAGCAGUCAAGAUUCACCUUGGAGCUAGAACAGGGACGUGCACAUGAUUAUACAGGGGCAGGGGCUCAAGUUUUUUCCAGUCGUUUAGACAAUAUGGAAAUUAAUGUGAAAUUAAAAAACAAAGUAUUAAUAGAAAGGUAAUGACUGUCCUGUGUAGGUGACAGUGAUAUCCAAUAGGCUAGGCACUCACGAGGCUGGCUGUGGCAAGUGCAAGUGAAAGCCACACGCACUGGCAGGAAGAACAGCAAACGCCGAUGAAGGAAAAGGGUCUUUGCAGUGAUGGCCGUUACCAGAGAGGACGAUGGCCAGAGGACGCGAAUGGGACGGGGAGGCAGCGCGUUGGGGGGGGGGCGCGACACAGCUCGGGCCCGCCAGUGCCCCAACGGGGCCCUAGUCUUUAUUUGAGUCCACACACACACACAGUGGUUACAGUAUAUCUUUGUGGGGCCCUCCGUAGGAGUCUGACUAAAAGCUGUAAAAUAUGAAGAAAUCAUCCAAUCUAAAUAUCAAACAGCAAAGCAUUAUGGGUGUAAUCAAAACCCUGAUUUUCUGAUGUGUGUUUUUUUAAGCUGUGGUCACUGUGAUCCAUUGUAGCCUCUGAUAUGUUGUUGUAAUUUAACCAAGUAAAACUGUCAUCUACCUGGCUGCUGAAUUAUGCUGUUUGAGGACUAGUUGUACAUAAGUAAACAGUGGUGAAUUGUCAUAAUCUCCAACUAAACACAAACUUAUCACUUCAUUAUGAUGUCUUCCUUUUUAACUGAUAUCUGUUUGUCAACCCAGCAGGCUCAAGCUGUGGCUGAGGAGACCGAGUCCUUAGAUGCUGAUCUUUCAUGUCCAGAUGAUACAAGCAUACAGGUAAUGAACUAACUGACAUCACCUUUACUACCUGAGCUUCUGCAGAGUGAAUAGUUCCCUUCAAAAAGACAGGGAGUAUUUCUGAUCUUCUUUAUGAUAUUCAUGGUGUGAGAUGGACUCCUGUUAGAGGAAUCCUGUUUUAACCUGACAGAUAACUUUGUUUCACUGUCAUAGAUACUAACUAAUCAGACACAAAUAUCUCUAGACUCCUACAGAAAAGGAGCCUCAAUAAGUAUCCUCUUCUUUUACACACACUGUCCUUCGUUCUGCUUUGUGGGGUCCAUAGCAAGAGUCUUUCUCAAAGAGAUUUUUCUUUAUUUGAGUCCACACACACACACGGUGGUUACAGUAUAUCUUUGUGGGGCCCUCCGUAGGAGUCUGACUAAAAGCUGUAAAAUAUGAAGAAAACAUCCAAUCUAAAUAUCAAACAGCAAAGCAUUAUGGGUGUAAUCAAAACCCUGAUUUUCUGAUGUGUGUUUUUUUAAGCUGUGGUCACUGUGAUCCAUUGUAGCCUCUGAUAUGUUGUUGUAAUUUAACCAAGUAAAACUGUCAUCUACCUGGCUGCUGAAUUAUGCUGUUUGAGGACUAGUUGUACAUAAGUAAACAGUGGUGAAUUGUCAUAAUCUCCAACUAAACACAAACUUAUCACUUCAUUAUGAUGUCUUGCUUUUUAACUGAUAUCUGUUUGACAACCCAGCAGGCUCAAGCUGUGACUGAGGAGACCGAGUCCUUAGAUGCUGAUCUUUCAUGUCCAGAUGAUACAAGCAUACAGGUAAUGAACUAAAUGACAUCACCUUUACUACCUGAGCUUCUGCAGAGUGAAUAGUUCCCUUCAAAAAGACAGGGAGUAUUUCUGAUCGACUUUAUGAUAUUCAUGGUGUGAGAUGGACUCCUGUAAGAGAAAUCCUGUUUUAACCUGACAGAUAACUUUGUUUAACUGUCAUAGAUACUGACUAAUCAGACAAAAAUAUCUCUAGACUCCUACAGAAAAGGAGCCUCAAUAAGUAUCCUCUUCUUUUACACACACUUUUUUUAAGUUAUGGUCACUGUGAUCCAUUGUAGCCUCUGAUAUGUUGUUGUUGUUCGACCAAGUAAAACUGUCAUCUACCUGGCUGCUGAAUUAUGCUGUUGGAGGACUAGUUGUACAUAAGUAAACAGUGGUGAAUUGUCAUCAUCUCCAAUUAAACACAAAUUUAUCACUUCCUUAUGGUAUCUUCCUUUUUAACUGAUAUCUGUUUGACAACCCAGCAGGCUCAAGCUGUGGCUGAGGAGACCGAGUCUUUACCCAUCGAUCUGUCAUGUCCUGAAAAAACCUGCCCAACAUGGUCAGAUAAAACCAGCUCUACAUGUCCAGAUGAUACAAGCAUACAGGUAUUGACCUAACUGACAUCACCUUUACUACCUGAGCUUCUGCAGAGUGAAUAGUUCCCUUCAAAAAGACAGGGAGUAUUUCUGAUCUUUUAUGAUAUUCAUAGUGUGAGAUGGACUCCUGUAAGAGAAAUCCUGUUUUAACCUGACAGAUAACUUUGUUUCACUGUCAUAGAUACUAACUAAUCAGACACAAAUAUCUCUAGACUCCUACAGAAAAGGACCCUCAAUAAGUAUCCUCUUCUUUUACACACACUGUCCUUCGUUCUGCUUUGUGGGGUCCAUAGCAAGAUUUUUCUUUAUUUGAGUCCACACACACACACACACACACACACACACACAGUGGUUACAGUAUAUCUUUGUGGGGCCCUCCGUAGGAGUCUGACUUAAUGUUGCAUGAUACAAUAAAAACGAUAAGUUUAAUAUUUCCACUGAUGCCUUAUCAGGUAUUAUCAGACACUUGAUGACCCAAUGAGUGCUUUACAAAGCUAUGGUCACUUUGCUUCAUUGUUGCCUCUGAUAUGUUGUUGUUAGGCCAAUUACAACUUCCCAAUGCGGCCCUCAAUAAGCUUCUUCUUCUUUCACACACUGUGUCUUUUUUAUCCUUGUGGUGUCCUCCAUAUGAAUCAGACUUAAAGCUGUAAAAUCUUUGUAUGCAUUCUUAAUGCUCAUUCCUUAAACAUGGCUGACUCCUUUUGUUUGUUUGUUUGUUUUUAAUUCUAGGUUUUGCCUUUAAAAGUGUUUUCUUUAGUAGAUUACUCCAACAGUGAGAGCGAUGAGAGUGUGACUGACAAGCCCAUGUCUUCACCCUGUCAUGAAUUGUUUCCAAAGCUAAGGACAAAUAGUAUUCUGGUAAGCCUCACAUCCUUCAUAGCAAUAACCUUUUAAUCGGUCAAUUUGACAAAAAUCUACACUUGCUAUUGAAACUUGCUUUGAACAUCUUUACCUUUAUAUUACUCCUUUUUUAUAAAUAAAAAAGGAACAACAUUUUUUAGAUCUCUCAAGUGAUGACCGCACAGAAGGCCUUUUCACUUGCAAGUCUGACAUAGGCUUUUUAUGAAGCAGUUAUUCCUCACCCUAUGUGAUACUAUUUUUACUUGUCUGUUUUGUCAGUACAAGGGUACAGCCAUAUAAAGUCAAAAACCUGUUUUUCUAACUACAGUUGCAGACUUGCACAUUUCUUCAAAUGUACAUCUGCCAUUCUAGUUGGCCUGCUGGGUGAUGACUUUUUCUUUCCUUUUAUUUAUAUUGCUCUCAGUAAUCAUUUUUACAAUAUCUUUCUCAUGAGUGAGUGUGCCUCCUCACUCAUAUACUCUAAUUUUUGCUUAUUUUUCAGACUCAUACAUUCUUUGUUUUUCUCUCUUCUUGCUAUGUAAAUCAGAAUAGAAGGUAUAUCUUAACCCUGAAUUAAUUGUCUUGCAGAUGCAAACAGAACCAGAUUUCGGUCGUCCUCUAUGUGAUUCGAGUGAGAGUGUAGUGGAUGAAACCAGUGAUGAAGAUUCUGUAACGGAUCAUUCCAGCAUGCACUCAGUCUGUGAACUUGUUCCAAAGCUAAGAAGAACAAAGAGUAUUCUGGUAUGCCUCUCACAGUGAAUACAAAUGACUCAUUCAUUGUCUGUUCAGCCCAAACUCCGUUCCUGUAUUGUUAUUAAAGACUUUAACUAAUAUGGUUACGUGUAACCCAGUAUUACUCUCUUUUGCAGAUGAAAGCGGGACAAGAUUUUCCUGAUCUUUACGAUUCGAGUGAUGACAAUUCAGAGGUCCUUUUUAGCUGCAAGUCUGACAUGGCUUCGCAGAGGCCAAGGAGAGGCUGUUACCAUCCUGUAAGUCCUUUUUUUUAUACUCUGUUUUGACUUGUAAGAGUGUUGUCAACCACGCUAAACAACACGACUUUCAGUGAGAAUAAUUUUAUUAAGAGACUUCAUUCAAAGUGGUAUUUCAUACAUCUUUGAAGAGUUUUGCUGGAGGUCCCCUUUUUUAUAGUUCUCACCUGUCACAUUAGUUGUUUUAUUGUUGAUUCUUAAAUGUAGUGACAGGAGCUUAUUUUAUUCACCUGAUGAAUUAAAAUUCCACCCAUUUUUCUGAAUAAAACAAAUAAUUAUCUCAGAAUGAUAAGAGAGACUCUGCUCAGGUUUCUUAUCAGUUUUACAGGUGCUACUUAAAGUGGAUUCCAUAAUGUAUGGGCCAGCCUUAUGACCUUGCACACAAACGAUUAAAUAAAGAUGCCUGUUUUUUAUUAAUUUGCUGGAAGAAACACAAUACUCAUUUAUACCAAUGUGUGUUGUUUCAGUUUAUUAUUUUUUUAAAAUUAGUAUAAUUCUACAGAAAACAUAAAAGAGCAUAUGGACACUAAUAAACACUAGGAAAAAAUGAACUGAUUAGCUGGUAUUUGAACACUAUGUUGUGCUAACCAGUGUUGCAAUAGUUUUUAUAUUAAAGCACAUCUUGUUCAGAAAACAGUGCAGUUUUGCUCUGAUGAAUGUCAUUUUGUAACAAAAAUGUUCUUCCUUUUUUAAAAAUGCAAAUGUAGUUGCCCUUCUGAAUGCAUUUUAUUUCUACAUAUUUUUGGUCAUAUUAAACAGGGUAAUUUAAAGAAAAUCCCUUUUUUCCCCCCCUCUAAAGAUUCGAAAGGUUGUAGGAUCAGACCUUUCCAGUGUAGAUAGUGGAGAAGAGUACAUUCCAAAUCCCAUGGAUGAAAGCACAGACAGUGACAGCAGCUUGACUUUGUCCCCUGCCAAAAGAAAAGAGAACAAUCUUAUAACGUCCAUGCCAACCAGCCUCAAAUCCUCCAGUCAGAGCAAGGGCAAGUCCUCCAGUCAGAACAUGAGCAAGUCCUCCGAUCAGAGCAAGAGCAACUCCUCCAGUCAGAACGAGAGCAAGUCCUCCAGUCAGAACAAGGGCAGGUCCUCUGGUCAGAGCAAGAGCAAGUCCUCUGGUCAGAGCAAGAGCAAGUCCUCUGGUCAGAGCAAGAGCAAGUCCUCUGGUCAGAGCAAGAGCAAGUCCUCUGGUCAGAGCAAGAGCGAGUUUUCCAGUCAGAGCAAGUGUGAAUCUUCUAGUCAUACACAGUUUGAGUCCCCCUGUGAGAACAGUUUGGAGUCUUCCAGUCAGAACAGUUUCACAUCCAGUAGUUUUACCCAUUUUGAGUUUUCUAGUCAGAGCAGCUUCAGUUCUUCAAGUCAAAGCAAAACAUUUGAAACAAGCAAUGAAGACACAGAAGACACAGGAAGAGCUAGUAUGAGCGAAGAGGAAAAGACAGAAACUCUUUCAGACAAAGAGAGCAGUGCUUCGGAAGAGGUCUAUGUUAAUCCCGUUUCCAAGAAGGACGAUGGUUCAAGAAUGUAUAACAAGAAACAUUUUUGCUUUUAUUGCAGGCAAGUGGUUCAAAAAAUGUCAAGACACUUGGAACGUCAACACAUGGAUCAUGUGGACGUUGCUAAAGCUUUUAGUUUUCCAAAGAACUCUAAAGAGAGGCGAUUACAGUUGGAUUACAUCCGCAAUCAGGGAAAUUAUGAACAUAAUGCAAAGGUUUUGGAAAACAAGAAAGGAAAACUUAUCCCCUGUAAGCAGCCAAAAAUAAAGAAAGAGGGACAAGAAUUCAUGCACUGCGUGUACUGCUAUGGAUUAUAUUCAAGAAAGGUGAUGUGGAGACACAUCAAUUCAAGCCUGAAGAAAAGACUGCUAAACCAGGAAGAGCAAGAGUCCAGGCGCUGUGUGCUUUUGCUGAACCAGCUCCUGUUGGAUAUAAUGAUGGAUACUGGAGAUUUCUGAAUGACAUGAACCAGGACAAGAUUACUGUAGCUAUUAAACAGGACAGUUGUAUUCUAGAAUAUGGUUACAGACUGUUUAAAAAGAAUGAGAGGGUUACAACUCAACACCAGUACAUGCGACAGAAACUGAGGGAACUCGGCAGACUGGUUCUUGCAGCAAGAGAGGUUGUACCUGUGAAGACUAUCAAAGAGCUAAUCAAACCUGAGAACUAUGUGCAUGUUGUUUCCGCUGCAAGAUCCCUGGCUGGAUUCAGUGAAGACACUGGAAAAUAUAAAUGCCCAUCUCUUGCACGCAAAGUUGGACACAGCUUGCAUUCUUUGUCCAUGUUUCUUAAGUCAGAAGGACUGAAAAUGAGAGACAAAAAAACUGUGCAAGAUGCUGAGGAAUUUGCACAGCUGUAUCAAGAAAGUUGGAAAUUUGACAUUGCAAGCCAAGCAUUAACUCAACUUGAACAGUCAAAGUGGAAUGCUCCACAGCUCCUGCCAUUCACUCAGGACGUCCAGAUACUUCAUUCCUUUUUAACUGAAAAACAGCAGCAAGUCUUGGAUGCCCUGAAAGAAGAGGUUUCAUCUUCAAAGUGGAAAGAUGUUGCUAAAGUGACACUGGCGCAAGUCAUUCUCUUCAAUCGCAGAAGAGAAGGGGAAGUAUCCAGAAUGCCCUUGUCUGCUUACCUAUCCAGAGACACAUCAGAAACGCAUGAGGAUGUUAAUUUGGCCCUUUCUGAACUGGAGCAGAAACUGUGAGCAUUUUGUCAGAAUAAGUAUCAUUGGAAAACGAGGAAGAAAGGUGCCUGUCCUCCUCACCCCACUCAUGAGGGAGUCACUGGAUGUGCUGAUUGACAGGCGAAAAGAAUGUGGGGUGCUCAGCGAAAAUGGGUUCUUGUUUGCACUUCCACAUUCAGUCCAUCACCUGAGGGGAUCAGACUGCAUUAGGCAGUUCGUGAAUGAAUGUGGUAACAUCAAAAAUCCUCGAGCACUAACUUCAACCAAACUGAGGAAACACAUCGCCACGCUCUCGACUGUACUGAAUCUCAAAACUACUGAGCUUGACCAGUUGGCAGAUUUCCUUGGGCAUAAUAUUGAUGUCCACAGGAAGCACUACCGCCUUCCAGAAGGAAACCUCCAACUCGCAAAAAUUAGUAAAGUCCUUCUGGCACUCGAGCAGGGCCAGCUGGGCAAGUACAAGGGGAAGAGCCUUGAUGAAAUCAACAUUGAUGUGAACGGUAAAUUUCUAUUAUUUUGAUGCAAAAAUAAAGUAUUUGAAUUUAAUGAACCGACUAGUGAAUUAGAUUAGAUGAGUUCAUAGCUUGGCUUAAACACCUGAUCGAUUCAGCUGUUUCUCAUCUUUGCACUCUCAAUGUUCAAAGGUGGAUCACAACUCUAUAAAUCUUUCUGCUCUGUCAUGUACCAUUUCAGAAACUGUUGAUGUAGAGGCUGGUUCUCAGGAGGACACUGAACGUGUGGAGACUGGCUCUCAGGAGGACACUGAGGGUGUGAGGGCUGGUUUUCAGGAGGACACUGAUGGUGUGGAGACUGGCUCUCAGGAGGACACUGACGGUGUGAGGGCUGGUUUUCAGGAUGACGUGGAUGGUGUGUAACAUUGAUUUUUGGUUGGUGAUUAAUGAUCAGUCACUGGAUAGUAACAUUAAGUGAUGAAUAUUUAGCAUUUCAUAUUGUAUGAAGGACCACUCUUUGUUUGGGUUAAGUCUAUAUAGUGCUUUCUGUGAUAGCAUGUAGGUAUUCAUAACAAGGAAAUGUCAGUCAAACUGAGCUGAUUAACCAUGUUUCCUGCCCCCCAGUACAUUUACCACAAAUGAUGCACAAUCAGGAUAAAUUUUACUCGACCUAAAACCAAUCGCACAACACAAGAUGGGUCAAAAUCUUCUUGAAACCUUACAGUGUAGCACCAGCUUUAUCAGAGAAAUGACAAAUACGAAUGUAAUAUGUGGAUGUUUUAUAACACUGCCUUGAGGCAUACACAUUAAGUUACUAAAUACAGUAUAACAGUAUAACUACUUAUUUUGUUACUAAAGAACUAUCGAUCAUUUUACUGUCAAAACACUAUAUGUAAUUAUUAAACAUUUAUUUAUUGAUUAAGAUUUGGCGUGGAAACAGCACAGUGCGCAUGACUGUCUACAGCGGUGCUAGUUUGCUUUUGCAUGAAGGGGAGGUAUUUCAACCUGCUUUCUGUGCCCCAUAAACUAUUUUCUGUUAUUAGAUGCUGGUUCAACGGGAGCACAAAGGUCAGGUGAUGAGGGCAGUGUGACAUCACAACUACAGAGAACCUCUGCAGCAUCUGCUCAAAACAAAAAGAUGUUGAAGAAGAGAGGUGAGCCCGUUCAUAUCCUGGUACUUUAUCUUCUGAAAGAAAAAAUGUUUGCACAAUACUCAGUGUAAAUGCAUCAAUAAAUCUAUUGUGACUAGAGUCAUUAAUAUGAUGCAGUCCAGUAAAACUACUGACAGGAAUGAAUAGGUAUGCUAUUUAUAUGAAUGAUACUACCUUUACUCUAGGGAGAAGUGGUGCAAUAAUGGGUGAAACAUGUAUUUGCUGAUGUGUAGAAGAAGAAUAAUAAGAACUUAAUUAAUCCCCGAACGGAAAUUCAAUUGUCUAUUGUCUCACAUAUGUCUCUUACAGUUAUCUACUAUUUACAUAAGAGUUAUAAAGUCCGACGGCUGUGGGUACAAAAGAUCUUCUGAGUCUUUUUGUCCUGCAGCAAAGAGAGAGGAGCCGUCCACCACCAUUGGCCCUAUGGUUGAUCAAGGUGUUGUUAAGUGGGUGAUCCAUGUUCUGUUGACAAAUAAAGCCAGACCUCCUCUUUUCUUCUUGCCACUAGCUUGAGUAUCUCUGUCUGACCUUAUAAGAGUGAAACCAGGUAGAUCCACACUGGAGUCCGAGAUGUUUUGAUUCAACCAGGUUUCAGUAAAAAACAGGAAACUACACUCAUGGUAUGCUUUCUCAGUCUUCACCAAUAUCUCCAGCUCAUCGCUUUGUUGGGCAGAGAGUUGACGUUUCCCAUGAUUAUUGAUGGAAGAAAGGGUUUAUAUGCCCACUUCCUAGCAAUCAGCUUUGCCUUCAUCUUUGCACCAGCACGGCAACCACGAUAACGAAAUGUUAGGAAUAUAACUUCUGUUCCCUGAAGGAGAGGAACAAGGUACAACACCUAUAGUAAGGGAUGUCACGCCCUCGCGUGGCCUCACUGAAGACACCUUUAUUCACGCCUUUAAGGCAGAUGAUCUGUGGUGACGUCUGGGAGGAGGCUCCACCUGCACAUAUAUACGUGUAACACCACAGUGAUCCUUCAGUUCGAUAACCGCUCUUCAGCGAGCCUAGCUGCGCAGUGGGGCAACCCAGUGUUGUACCUCAUACAUCCCCCUGGAGAGAAGGUCCACCCAAGGUUUAAGUGACCCUUAAUGAGGCUCUUAGUGACAGAAAAUGAGCACUGCACCAUAGCAACAGAGAGUGAGACAGUUUUAACAGGGGAAGAGAGCAGGUCCCUCCCUGUUUGUUUAUGUAGGAAACCACGGUUGUGUUGGCCGUCCUGAUAAGAAUACGAUGGCCUGUAAGAACAGGACGAAAAUGCCUCAGAGCUAAUAGGAUAGCUAAUAGCUCCAGAUAAUUACUGUGGAGCUUGCAUUGUGCUGGCGUCUACACUCCUCUCACUGCUGCGCCCUCGCACAGUGCCCCCCGACCCGUCAGGGAUGCGUCUGUGGACACCACCUUGCAAAAAGACACCCUCCCUAUUGGAGAUCCCUCUAGUGGAAAACCAGGUUCUAUCCACAGGAGAAGAGCCGACAUGCUGGACGGAGUUGUUGUCAGCCUCUGCUGGAGGUGACGCUGGGUCCAGCGUUGAAACGCUCUCAUCUUUUAACAGUCCAGGGGGCACUACAGCGAUCAUAGAUGCCAUUGUGCAUGUCAGCUGUAAAAUCAUUUGGAAACACAGUUUGCGUCCCGACAGAAAUUGUGCAACGCAGCGGCGAAACGCAGCCACCCUGUGUUCUUACAGACGUGCUCGGCUUGAAACGGAGCAUAUUUCCAGCCCUAGAAAUGAUGCCUGUUGACUCGGAGUCAGUGAACUUUUCUGUAAAUUUACCGAAAAGCUCAGUGUUUGGAUGUGCAUUAGGGUCAAUGACAGCUGAGCUGUUGCUCGCUCUCUGGAGCUUGCAAUUAGCGCCCAAUUGUCCAGAUAGGCUAAUGCGAACACCUUUCUCCCGUAGCGGAGCCAAUGCCGCCUCGACACAUUUGGUGAAUGUUCGGGGGGUGAGUGAUAAGCCCAAUGGCAGCACCAGGUGUUCGUAGGCUAUGCCCUCGAAUACAAACCUUAGAAAGUGACUGUGGUCCGGAUGAAUCGCUAUGUGAAAGUAAGCAUUUGUCAGAUCGAUAGUUAUAAACCAAUCUCCCAGUCUGAUCACGCCCAGUAGCUGUCUGAGUGUUAGUAACUUGAACCUGUUGGUAUUAAAUUAACACUCGCAAGUCUAGGUAAGGACGGAGCCCGCCUCCUUUUUUUCGGAACAAUGAAAUAGUGGCUGUACCAACCUUUGUCGAAUUGUCUGUUGUCAUCCAGAUUGCCUUUCCUCAAUGGAAGGAGCUCUUGAAUAAACUCUUCAGCCAGGAGAAGUAUCCAUCAGAAGCCAACAAAAUGACAACAAAAAUCUAGCAAAAGUUACAAAAAUUUCAGAUGCUACGGAGAAACCAGACUUGCAGCAACCUCUCAGUUCAAGCACAUCAUUUGAAUGAGAGAGAGGGAGACUUAGGGAGGCUUCGUAUUCCUAAGGUCUUUAAAGUCAUAAAAGCUUGAAGAGAGACAUUAGCCCAGUUUAAUCACUAAAGGAUAUCAAACUCAAACUUUGUAGUCAGGGCUAGAAAUUCAGAAGUUUCUUUAUAUUUCGGUGAUGUAUUUGCAGAAGUUUUCAGCAUUAUUAGAAGACUAUCACUCUGUUCCAAAAAGUUUAUAUUAUGUGACUUUUAUGAGUUUUAAUACUCAUGUUGUCAUCUCAUCAACUUUUGUGUUGUUACUGUUCAUGCCUGAAGUAUUGACUUAAACAAUUAUACAAGCUAAGUUUGAGCUCUAAAGGACGAUAUAUGUGACAAAAUUUUCAGUGUAGACUUAAAGGUGAAAAUCUAGCUUGAGCACUAAAUCUUAAACAUGUUUGUUUUCAGGUAAACAGACGGUCAUUAAGAGAAGCUGGAAACCUGAAGAGUGUACCGCAGUCCAGAAACACCUCAGGAAAUUCAUAGUGAUGAACCAGGUGCCAGGGAAAGCAGAUUGUGAACGCUGCAUUGCAGCAGAACCCGAGGCCUUAAAGGACAGAGACUGGAAGGCAAUCAAGUACUACGUCAAGAAUCGAAUUUCUACUUUAAGAAGAAAGCUUGAAUAA